AUGCUGGAAGUUUUUAGGGUGGCGUUCAUUUGCGCAAUUAUUUACGUAGACGUCGAUUGCGCACAUUUACCUGAACACAUCGUGUAUCCAAAGUUGCUCGAGGCAAGAGGAAUCAACGGAACAAAAUUAUUGCACAUUAAAGACGGACUGACUCUUAGGCUGGAAAAAAUCUCUGUACUGGCAGACUCACUUGUUUUCACAGGAAGUAAUGACGGAGUCACCGCUGAAACAAUCAUGAACGGAACUGAGCUUGAACAAAACUUGUACCAAGACAGAGAGAAGAUGGCCGCGGUAGCUGUGGAAGAAAUCGAUGACACUAUUGAAGUGAUGGGAGUUCUCAAUGAGAAGUUACGCAUUGCUCCUUUGCCUUUGAUGGCUCGAUCUGAGGAGGGACAUCUUGCACACAGGAUCUACGAGGUGGAGCCUUCUAUGAAUCACGGAGAAAAUGACCCUGUUUUUCCAAAUUCACUACAUGCAGAACAUGCUCACAUCAAGAGCCGAACAGGUGCCGCAUCUAUGGAGCACGUACCGGAUCAAUUUUUGGUGGAAGUUCACGUGAUGGUGGAUGAGCAUCAUUACAAAGUGUUUAGCCGGAGAGAAGAUUUAGUAACUUAUUUGGCUCUCACCAUUGUACUAGUUAACAUGCGUUUCGAAGACACUUCAGGUCCAAACAUUCAAUUCCUGCUCACCUCUAUUCAACAGGAACAGGGAUUUGCGCAAACCUUUGUGGAAUACGAUAUAGGCUGGCCAGAUGCCAAUAGAACCUAUGCAGACGCAAACACAACAUUUAAGAACCUUCUUGAAAAGUACGGAAGAAGCCCCGCAGAUAUUACGGUUGCUGUGACCGGGUUAAUUCUCGCUGAUAAUUAUGAAGAUUUUUCCUCUGAAGAUGCCGCUGUAAAAGGGCAGGCUCGUCUCGGUGGCGUUUGCAAUGCCAAUUACAGCAUUCUAAUGGUGGAGGACGUCCCCAUGUCGUUUGGAAUGGUGAGCCUCUUGCCACACGAACUGGGACAUGCUCUUGGGGCGCCUCACGAUGGAAAAACGUAUACGUGGAAUAAAUAUCUUCCGCCAAGAAAGAACUGCCGCAAAGUUAGAACGAAUGAUCACUUCAUUAUGCAUCCUUCGGAGCCCGGCAAUCGAAAGUUCUCGAAUUGUUCCAGGGAACAUAUGACUGCAUUUAUGUCAACUCUAUCCACAAGUUGCUUCGAGCUUAAAACAAAGCAAAACUGCACGACGGAAGUGAAAGAGCUACCAGGUGUUUCUAUCAAUUUAACAAAAAUUUGCCAAAUAGCUCAUCCAAACUUUCUAGAGUGGAAAUGGGAGCUUACAGGAAUUUGUCGUUUUAAAUGCUGUAGUCGUCUCUCCCUAACUUACGACGAAGAGUCCUGCGGCGCUGAGCAUAUUUUACCGGAUGGAGCUGACUGUGGACAUGGAAAGAGAUGCGUAAGAGGCACGUGCGGCUACUACGACAAACACGGAGCACCGACGACCCAACGGCAAGGUGCUUGAACAUAAAUAUACAACUACUCGCAGAAAUAUCUCUUCAAAUCGUAUAGAAAAAGAGGACUGUAGAAAACUCAAGUUUCAAGUUUAACAAUUUCUCUGCAACGCAGAAUAAGAAAUCAACUAAACUGCAGCUACUUCAAGCCUAAAGAGCAUACAUAAACAAGAGCAAG